AUGCUUUCGUCAUUCCGGAAACAAGAUAAAAAGGAUGAAGAAUCAAGUACAAGUGGAAAUCCAUACAAGAAUCUCGAAAAAGCUUCUGUCCUCCAAGAAGCUCGAACAUUCAAUGAGACACCUGUAAACACACGAAAAUGUGUUCAGAUUCUAACGAAGAUCAUUUAUAUGAUUAAUCAAGGUGAACAAUUGGGUCAAACUGAAGCAACCGAAACAUUUUUUGCUAUGACAAAAUUAUUUCAAUCAAAAGAUAUGAUGCUUCGUCGAAUGAUUUAUCUAUCGAUCAAGGAAAUGUCAACGGUUGCCAAUGAUGUUAUCAUUGUAACAUCAAGUUUAACUCGUGAUAUGACCGGUAAAGAAGAUUCACACCGUGGACCGGCCAUACGUGCUUUAUGUAAAAUCACCGAUGCAUCGAUGAUGCAAAGUGUUGAACGAUAUAUGAAACAAGCAAUUGUUGAUAAACUUCCGUCGGUUGCGUCGGCAGCAUUGGUGUCAUCCGUUCAUUUGAUGCGUCAAGGUCCUGAAGUAGUGAAACGAUGGGUAAAUGAAGUCCAAGAAGCAGUUAAUAACGAUAAUAUCAUGGUCCAAUAUCAUGCGCUUGGUCUUCUCUAUCAAAUACGUCGAUCGGACAAACAUGCGAUCAGAAAAUUGAUUGUGAAAUUUUCCAAGGCUGGCCUUCGAAGCCCAUACGCGUAUUGUUUUCUCAUUCGCAUAGCAGCUAGUUUGAUCAAUGAAGAAGGCGAAGGAACGGAUAGUCCAAUGUACGAUUUCAUUGAUUCAUGUCUACGUCAUAAAAAUGAAAUGGUUAUCUACGAAGCAGCAUCAACAAUUGUUUCGCUCAAAUGUGUGACACCAAAAGAACUUAGUUCAGCUGUUAAUGUUCUUCAAUUAUUUAUUUCAUCACCAAAACCGGUUUUACGUUAUGCUGCUGUUCGAACACUCAACAAAGUUGCUAUUCAAUAUCCAGCAGCAGUCACAGCCUGCAAUGUUGAUCUUGAAACAUUAAUCACCGAUUCGAAUCGAUCAAUUGCAACACUGGCUAUAACAACACUCCUCAAAACUGGUAAUGAAGCAGGUGUUGAUCGGUUGAUGAAACAAAUCUCAUCAUUUUUAUCUGAAAUCUCCGAUCAAUUCAAAACGGUGGUCGUCGAUGCCAUUAAAUCAUUAUGUCAAAAGUUUCCACGUAAACAUACAGUAUUGAUGACGUUUCUUGCCAAUAUGUUACGUGAAGAGGGUGGAUACGAAUAUAAGAAAGCAAUUGUCAAUACAAUCAUUUCAAUUGUUGAAGAAAAUCCUGAAGCAAAAGAAGCUNAGAAGAUAAUCAAUAAUACUGAUAACAUGUUCGAAUUGAUAACAAGCUCCUCCACAAACAUAAUAUUCAUAAUCAUAGUUAUUUUCACAUGGAUAAAAAUUAACGACCAAAUGAUAAAAUAA